AUGACACAGGGAAAGAAACUCGUCGUCGUUGUGGGCGCCACGGGCAAUCAAGGCGGCUCUGUCGCUCGUCGCUUCCUCCAAGACUCCCGAUAUGCGGUCCGCGGCUUAACCCGCAACACCUCGUCUCCAGCUUCCCAACUCCUUGCCGCUUUGGGCGUAGAGAUGGUCGCCGUUCAACUCGAUGACCCACAGAGUCUCGAUGUCGCAUUUGCAGGAGCGAACAUCAUCUUUAGCGUCACCAAUUAUUGGGAGCCCUUCUUCCGCCCCGACUGUCGCAAGACGGCCAAGGUGAUCGGCAUGAGUUGCCGUCAAUACGCCUACGAUGUCGAGUAUCGCCAGGGAAAGAACAUUGCUGAUGCAGCGGCCAAGGUAGUGGACACCUUAGAGAAUAAUGGCUUCUUGGUAUCGACCCUGAGCCACGCCCGGAAGUGCAGUGACGGGAAGUUCACCGACUUGUAUCACUUUGACUCCAAGGCCGAUAUCUUCCCUGACUAUGUGCUUGAAAACCACCCGUCGCUGGCGGCCAAGAUGUCCUGCGUGCAGACGGGCUUCUUCAUGAGUAGCCACGCCAUCCUUCCGAAUUCGUAUUUCCAAAAGCAAUCCAAUGGUUCCUUCCACAUGCGCUUCCCAUGCUUGCCCGACACCUUGAUACCCCAUCUGGAUGUCAAUGGCGACCUUGGAAACUUUGUGUACGCCGUUCACCAGAAGCCUCCGGGGGGGAAUUACAUGGCCAUGGGCUCUCACGCGACCUGGCCCGAGUACCUGCGGGCAUGGGCAAAGGCAGCUGGGGUUCCCGCCGAAAAGGCCGUCUACAAGCAAGUAUCGGUAGAUGACAUGAUCGCAGACACCCCGGAUAGAGACGCGGGUAUCGAGGUGGCGAUUAUGUUUGCCUACUCUGAUGAUACUGGGUAUGGGGGUGGCAUGGAAUUGCAGACGGCCGAGGAUUUGAGGAAGCAAGGAAUCGAUUGUCCUAUGACAAGCUUGGAUGAGUGGAUGAAGAAACAGGACUGGUCGGCUGUUCUGAACAAGUGA